GCGGUCCUCGAGUCCGCGCGGCUGCGUCCGUGUGCGCGUGUCAGCCUUGCCCGCGGCGUCCCGCGGGCCACCGAUCCCGAUCCUGUAGCCAUUCGCACAGCCGCCUCGGCGACUCGGUGCUCCCGGCCGGCAUCCGCGCGGGACCGGCGUGCGUGUGAGCGUGCCCAGCCCUGGGAUGGCACACGCGGGGGCGAUGCUGCAGGGGCGCAGCUUUGAGUCCUAGAUGCUGAGCCUGGGUCGCCACGGCCUCCUCCCCUUCUCAGCUUCCUUCUGUGAUGUAAAACAGCCUGCCAGGGCUGUUUUUCUGCCUGCCACGUUUUGGUGACCUCUGAGUUUGAAGACUCCAUCCAUCCCCUGUCACCCACUGGAUUAUGCUCGUGGCUUUCCUGCCUGAUGAUUCUUUUGCAGCAGGUCUGGCUUCCUUUACCUAACCGGCCCUCAACCUCUCCUCCUAUGUCAGUGGCUGCCAGGUCCACUGGGACCUUGCAGCUCCCGCCACAGAAGGCUUUUGGGCAGGAAGCAUCCUUGCCUCUGGCAGGGGAAGAGGAUUUAGCUAAGAGAGGGGAGCCAGAUUCUGCCCUGGAGGAGCUGUGUAAGCCCCUCUUCUGCAAACUCUGCAAUGUCACCUUGAACUCCGCUCAGCAAGCCCAGGCCCACUAUCAGGGUAAAAACCAUGGCAAGAAACUGCGAAAUUAUUAUGCAGCUAACAGCUGCCCUCCUCCAGCCAGGAUGAGCAGCGUGGCGGAGCCUGUAGCCACACCCCUCGUCCCUGUCCCUCCCCAGGUGGGCUCCUGCAAGCCAGGGGGCAGGGUGAUCCUGGCCACAGAGAAUGACUACUGUAAGCUGUGUGACGCCUCCUUCAGCUCCCCCGCGGUGGCACAGGCGCACUACCAGGGGAAGAACCACGCCAAGAGACUUCGUCUGGCCGAAGCUCAGAGCCACUCAUUCUCGGACUCCGCAGAGGCGGGGCAACGGCGGACCCGGAAAGAAGGGAGUGAAUUUAAGAUGGUGACCACCAGGAGGAAUAUGUAUACAGUCCAGAGCAAUUCAGCAGGUCCUUACUUCAACGCCCGUUCUCGGCAGAGGAUCCCGCGAGAUCUCGCCAUGUGCGUUACUCCAAGUGGCCAGUUUUACUGCUCCAUGUGUAACGUCGGAGCUGGGGAAGAGGUGGAGUUCCGGCAGCAUCUAGAGAGCAAGCAGCACAAAAGCAAGGUGUCCGAGCAGCGGUACAGGAGCGAGAUGGAGAACCUGGGCUACGUUCAGUGACGGCCGUCCUCACAGAGAAGCCUGUCCUGCCUGUUUGCCUUCUGUCGACCUGCCUUGCUUUGUGGUCCUCCAUGCCUACAUUCCUCAUUCCUCUGCUUAGUGCGAGUAACCUGCAGUGGUGCCAUGAGCCGCCAGGUCGGCGUGGGCGAGGGAAGUGUUUCUUAUAAGUCACGACGAUGCUCUUUUGGGCCAGCUGUGUUAAACAACUCACAGUGGUGUGUGAGCUUCCUGCCCCCUCAGGUGUAACUUCUUAUCUUGGCCAAGUUCUGGUUAAGCAGUAGUAGCCUGACCAUUUAGAGCCAUGAAUAUUUAAGGAUGGCACCCACUUUUGCAGUUUAAGUUUUACGCACAUUAGACGAAUUGACUUGAGUUCUUCUGAUUAUAGAGGAGACAGGUAAACGGAGAUUCCCGUUUCCGGAUGCUCCUGGGAACCAUUACUCCAGUGUGGUGUUGGUAAGAUGUGCUGUCAUGGUGUGUGCAUGGGUCUCUCAGCAGCCCCUGGUUCUCUGUGGCAUAACUCUCCCUCCAUAAUGGACACAUAGGUUUUCUUGAAUUCAUAUACGUCCAGAAUACUAUGUUCUUGUGGACAUGUAACGUCAUCUCCAGCUGUGAACUGCACACAUGUAAUCCUAUCUCCUCUCGUACUUAGAUCAGCUUCUCCGCUCACCCCAUUCUCUUGGCCCAGGUGUGCCGGCAGUUUCGGAGACCCAGAUUUGACUAAUGAGUUGAAGAUGGAUAUUCUUUUAGAAAAUAUAUUUUCAGAUGAUUCAAGGAAAUGCAAAGAUGUGUUUGAGAUUUCAAUUUGGAAUUCUAUUUUCACUGAUGAUUGUGUGAACUCCUGGGACAGUCAUUCCAUGGCUUUUUGACGAUUGCGUCCUGACACUGCCCUGACAUGGGUGUGCCUGGAAAAUACCUGUCUGCUG